GCUAAAUGCACGCAAUGAUACGGCCUGGCCGCUAAUGCGCUCGUCGGCUUCUUCCGUGGCGCUUGACCAGCUUGCCGCAGCGGUAGCUGUGAAUCUCCCAAGGCGACGGCAAAAGCAACGCUCUCGAAUAAGAUCCGAGUGCUCGGCAGUUGGCGUCAGGCGUUACCACAACAUGCAGCAGAGCGACCCGUUGGCGCAGUACCUCAGCGUCGUGCCCGAUGCAAGUUCACGCAAGACGAUCGUACUCGACCAAAAGCCGCCGACGCAGCGCCCGCCACGACCACCCCAACGGCCCGCGACCGCCCGGUCGUCGCGCGAAAAACCUCCACCCGACGUGGCCGGCCCCCGCGAGCGCGCGUUUCACAACCACGUCCGCCGCCGCUUCCACGCGUUCGUCGCAGGAGACAAGUUGCAAGCGCACAACCUCUUUGCUGGCUGGGAGCCAGCUUCAGCCCAAGCGCAGACGUCCGUCGAGCACAAGAACCACGAGCCUGGCGCCAAGGACCCGCAUUGGGAGCCACUACACGUAGCAGCGCGGGUUCAUACGUGCAACCAAGUAGAAGACGAGAACGACGCAGCGCCGACAUUUUCGCUCAACACCAACCCCAGCGUACCGCUGGUCAACUUCCGGCCUCGCCCCAAGGCCCCGCCCAUCGCUGCCCCCGAGCAACCCAACGUUGUCCGCCUCGCACAGCAGCUCGACCACGCACUCGAUCCAAACAACGAGCUUCCGCCCACGGAGGGUGUCCCGUUGACAAUGAAGAGCACGAGCGUGUUGCCGAAAGCGUCCGGGCUGCGGCGCGCCAUGCACAUCAAGGCGUCGGCCUCCCGCCCGGCGCUGAAAAAAACAAAGCCGCGCACGCAGUAUAUCGCCGAGCACGCGCACGCGAUGCUGCGCGUGCAAGACGACGUGCGUAGCCGGGUGCGCGCCCACAUGUUGCAGCUGCAGACGCGCCAGGAGGAGGCGAGGCGAGAGAAGCGCGCGUCGCCCGUGUGUCUUGAGCGCGUGGUGGCCGACAUGGCGCUCUGGCGAAUGCAUGGCCGUCGCUUCGAGUCGCCAGCGCUUAUUGACGACCCGCCACUCGAGUCUAUAUUUCCGUCGCUCACGAUUGCGAUCGAGUGCUCGGUCACGACCAAAGACGAGGGCCCGAUCGCGUUCUCACUGCCGCGGAGUCGCGCCAGCCGCGCCGACUUGGACGAGCCCAGUCCCAUGGCAUUGUCCUAGCAGUAGACAAAAGGCUCUUGACUCUUGAUUACAAUGUGCUAGUAUGUGUCUUGG